UCGAGGAAACAAUGUAAUAUCGUACGUGCGCGUGUGUUUUUUUCUGUACCUCUUAAAGGUUGUCUCACGCUUCCUGUGACCACUGCUUACAUACAUGCUGUUUGCUGGUGGUAUAACCUGUCAGCGAGAGGAAGUGGAAUCCGGUGUAGGAAAAAGAUUGACACGACGGGUGGUAACAAAAGUGGGACAGGUUGGAAGGGGGUACUAGUGUGCCCCCCCCCAAAAACUAGAGGCGAAAUUCCUACGAGGACAACGGGAAUUUUCGGCGAAUCAUAUUGCAGCCACAAUACUCGCAUCGAUUCGGUGCAUUCUCCGUCCGGUCAGUCCGAUAAUUCGACGAACGCGUGGAAAUGUCGUGAAGUUGUGUACAGUUCCAUUGCCUGUGAGUUUGUGGAGUAUGAUUUAUUUCCGGAGGUUAUAGGAAUUUCUCGCUGGUCUUACGUGCAAGCUUUGGGUCAGGAUACUUGUGAUGUUAUGGUGUGGAAAGGGAAUUCUAAUGAGUAAAUAAGUAUUUUAACGGAUCACUCCACAGAGAAAACAAAAUUCCCCCAAGUUCCACUAGAUGCAUUAUGCGAAGGAAAUACCAUUAGUCACAAUUAUAAAUUAAAACAAACACAGCGAACGCCAAAGCUUACGAGUGUUGUGAAUGUGUACUCAAUGAGUGGGCAUGGGAUUACACCUACUUACGUAAUAUAUGCGGCAUACUGAGCCCCCUAAUAAUACCACCCAAUGAUGAUAAUUGGAUAAAAGAAAACAUUUGUUUUACCUUGCCGAACGGAUCGUUUCGUUAAAUACCGCCGUUUCCGCCCAAAACGCAAGUGUGAAGAUAUCAAGUGAAACGCGAAGAAGAGAGAAGUGAUUUCCUGGAAUAAAGUAUUCCACAUUGUCCGUAAUCAGUGCGGGUGAGGGAGUAUUGCUGAACGCAGGGUGAAGUGUGUCGUGUGUGAGUGUGAUCGUGUGUUGGUGUGAAUCAGGAAAAAAAGUUGAGUGAAUUUUCGAUUGACUCAGCUGCAACCGUCCAACCGUCAUCAGCAUCAGCAGGACCUGGACGUUGACAAGAUUAAACUUCAGCCAAAGCGGCAGGUGUUUGAUAUUUCUGAGAAGUUCCUGCCCACCUCCAAGCGAAGGACAAAUUCUGCCCCAACGAAGAGGAAAAAGGAAAUUCACAACCAACACCCUGUUCAACGAAAAAGAUAUCUAAGAAUUCUAUUCAACCAGCAAUGAACAUUAAGAAAAAAACAGUCGGUGAAUAUCCACCGCCCGCUGGCACGGGUUGGUAACGAUUUCAACGAGACAUGACGUCGAUAGGAAGGGUGCCAAUUCGUUGGUUGAUCACAUUUCAAAGCACUCUGGCGUAAGCCGAUACCCACUGCGGUAAUUAAUUUCACGGACGCCUUUGAAAAACUUCCUGCAUCGAUAGCAACUGAUUGCUCAAAAUUAAUUCCAUUGGGAGCCCACUGCUGUGGAAGAAAUGCUCAACCAUGCUCGAAAUCGACGCAAAUAGAUCGUUUAAUUAGUACCUUAAAAAGCCCCUGCUCAUAGCAGACCCAGCCGAGUAGAAAGCAGAAAAAAUAAAUAUUAUCAUCACGCUGGAAGUGUUUACCGACAAUUGAAAUAAUAUUGGCAAUUUUUGUUAUUUUUUUCCCGCCGGGCAGAAGAGCAAGAAAAAUACUUCUCUCCGAUUGAUGGUACGUGAUGCGAGAGUUCCACACCGGGAACCAACCCCGGAAGAGGACUACGUGCGGAAGUUAUACUCGCGUCAAUAUAUGAGGGGGAGUACCGAAAAUAAACGCAUUUUUUUCCGAAAAAAAAGGAAACAACUCUUGAUUGGGGCAAAUAACGAAUGCGUGUUUGUACACUGAGCUGAUUAAUUAAAUAUAAGGUAAUAAUAAAUUAUAUGGGAAACAUUGAAGCGCUCAAUAGUGUCGAUCAACAAGCAGUGAAUCCGAGUGAUUGAGUGGUAAUGGUGAAAGCCGCUUGGCAGUGCACAAUGGGAUCCAGAAGCGGAAUCGCAGUUGGUCUGCUGGCAUGUUUGCUGGUCGGAGUUUCCGAAAAUUUCGUACGGAGUGAAACAUUUAAAUCAGAUGCACCGGUGCACGUGGAACGAGUACUAGUCAAUGAUACCGCCCAAAUCAAGUGUGAUGUGUCCUCCAAUCUUCCAAACGAUAGGAUACUUCUUGUCGUAUGGUACAAAGGCAACGUGCCUAUCUAUAGCUACGACACACGGGGAAAGAAUAGCGAACAGCCGUCGCACUGGAAGGACAGCUCCAUCCUGGAGGAUCGUGCCAACUUCAAGCCCAUGCGGGACAAAAGCCGGGCGGAGCUAGUCAUCAGUCCAGUUCUGGAAAAGGACGCUGGUGCUUUUCGCUGUCGAGUAGAUUUUUUAUUGUCGCCUACAAAAAAUAAAGAUAUCAACUUAGAGAUAGUAGUGCCACCUGAGGUACCUAAAAUUCAGGACUCGAAUGGAUUCGAGCUCACAGCGCAUGCUGGACCAUAUGAAGAAGGCGGAAUCCUCGAGCUCACCUGUGUCGUGACGGGAGGUAUCCCAACGCCAAAAAUCACCUGGUCCAGCAACGGCAAGGUGCUGCCCAGCGCGUUAGUUGAGCAUACCCAUGAUUCCUCACUCAGCAGUAAGCUUGUGGUGAGAAAUUUAUCACGUGAUCACCAACACAACGCCUACACCUGCCAGGCGAGCAAUUUCUUCAAACGAAACGUGACCACCAAUGUGACGAUCGAACUGCGGUUGCGACCUCUGGUGGUUGAAAUCAUCAACGGGAGUACACCGCUCUCCUCCGAUCGUCGGUACGUUAUCCAGUGCCAAUCGAGUGGAUCCCGGCCCCCCGCCAAGAUCACCUGGUGGAAAGACGGCGAACAGCUCACGGCAACAAACCAAACGACAUCAGAGGACGGCAACAGCACCCUGUCAUCCCUCAGUUUCACUCCCACGAGGGAAGACCACGGCAAAACGCUUACCUGCCGGACAACCAACGAACUGGUCAAACGGGGGAUGAAGGAGAUCUCCACAAAGCUGAAUGUGUUCUAUCUUCCCACGCUGAAACUGGAACUGGGGACGAAUAUGAACCCGGAAGACAUCGAGGAAGGAGACGACGUGUACUUUGAAUGUAAAGUGAAUGCAAAUCCUUCUGCAUACAAAGUGGUGUGGAAGCAUAAUGACCAAGUGGUUCAGCAUAACUCCAAGACUGGUGUGAUAAUGAGCAGUAGUGCUAUCGCCCUGCAGGGCGUCACGAGACACCAAGCCGGCAACUACACCUGCAUUGCGUCUAACGUGGAAGGCGACGGGGAGAGCAACACAGUGGACUUGAAAGUUAUGUACAAACCCAUCUGUCGACCGGAUCAGAAGAAAAUCUAUGGCGUGGCACGGAACGAAGCUGCGGAAAUUCUGUGUCAAGUGGAUGCCUACCCACCGCCGGAGUCGUUCAAGUGGUCCUUCAACAAUACGGCCGAAACGAUAGAUAUGCCUCAGAGCGGCUACCGAGUGCAUGCCGAGCAAGCAUCCUCGCUAACCUAUACGCCAGUCAAGGAGCUGGACUAUGGAACGAUCAUGUGCUGGGCGGAUAACGCGGUUGGUCAGCAGAGGGAGCCAUGUGUGUUUCAUUUAAUCGCCGCCGGGAAGCCAGAGAUGCCCUACAACUGCUCCCUGGUCAACCAGACGUCCGAUUCGCUGGAGGUGGACUGUGCUGAAGGCUUUGACGGUGGUCAGCGGCAGUGGUUCGUGAUGGAGAUCUACGACCAGCAAACACACAUGCUGCUAGCAAACGUAUCAUCCCGGAUACCGAUAUUUACCGUCGGUGGGCUCGAUUCGGGCCGGCUGCUAAAAAUCGUCAUUUACGCUACCAACAUGCGCGGCCGCAGCGAGCCCAUCGUGAUGAACGCCUACACGCUGAAACCGGCGGAAAAACAAACAGGUCCGCAUGCUGAAUUCCAAUUAUCGCCCAUCCUAUCGAUAGGGAUAUUUAUUGGCAUUUUAACGGUGAUAAUCUGCAUAAUAAUCGCCGUUACUGCCGCACUGAAGCUACGGACGAAUCAAACUGCCAAGACGCACCACACCGGCACCGGAGGAGGUGGCGUCCUCGGCAAACGUCCCGGUAAUCUACCAAUUAAGGAGAAAAUCUCGUUACCGCUCAGCCAGUCGGAGGACAUGUACGAUGAGAAAAAUCCAGACGUGGUCCCGGCAAACGAAGAUCCCGAUUACAAAUUAAUAUCAGCAAAUCAGACCCCCACGGCGCUGCAUAAUUCAUUAUGCAACAGCAAACAUGACAUUAUUGGUCGAACGAUACUGGACGAUAGCCGGAAAACGUAUCUAAGCGGGGCGGCCAGCGAAGUCCACUACGCUGAAUUAGCGUUAGCAAUACCUCACGAUGACAAUAGCAAUAAAAAUCAUCUCAAUCAUCUGAAAAAGCUACCGCCCCCUCCGGCGUACAACUAUUUCGACGAGCCGACGAUUUACGCCCAAAUAGAUCACGGCAGCAACUUCAAAACGUCGACGUCACCUUUUCCACUGAUAUCGCCGGUGUCGCAGCCGCCGGCCAAUCAGCAGCUACAGCAGCCCCUAAAUCAGUCACAAUUAACGUUACAGUUGCAACAACAGCAGCAGCAGGAUCAUCCCAGUCAACAACAUACGCCAACCUCGCUGCAGAAUCACCAGCAGCAUACACCGACGUCGUUACAGCAGUUGCAAUUGCACCAACAUUCGCUGCCUAACAAUAAUAAACAAUACCUGCGUGAGAUAGUUACAGUACGGACGCCUCUGGCGUUUUCGCAGCAGGAGAGCUGUGUUUAAUUAAAAUUUACUUCCAACGGCCAGUCCGGCCACGUGUAUGUACGUACGUGUGUAGGUUAUACAAAAAGCCAUUAGCCAGGGAAAACCUCCAGAAGGACUAGACAAAUCUGAAGGGGUAGAAGGCGGGAGUUUUGGUGCGGUUUCCAUUUCUGUAGUCGCUCGAUGACGUUUCCUCGUCCAUGUUUGGCAGCCCCCGAAAUGGGACUAUCUGAAACUAUGAUGUAUUUCGAACGGAUAUCAGUCAGCGGGUAGUUUAAAGGUGGGAGGAAUCAGAGAACAGAUAAGAUUUAUGAAUUCAGGUUCACGUAUGGUAGGUAUUUAUACUAUGAACGCAACUAUUUGACAUAUCGGAGAAAGCACGUUAGUUCUAAUGAACCCACUAUCUUCAAAGGAAAUCCGAAUGGUCGACUUAAUUAAAUUCUUUGCUUCUGAUGUAUAGGGGUAGUGGGGGCUAAUUGGUCAUGGGGGGCAAAGUGGUCACCUGCUUGUUUGGUAGUAUAACUAUCGACUAUGGAUGCCGUAUUGAUAGUCACCUUAUGUUUGAAGAAUUUAAUGACUUUUGAGUCACCCUGUACUUCAGUAGAGCUGUCGCACGUCAAAAUAUCAAUAAAAACAGAAAUUGCUCCCUCGAUAGCCACUCGGCCGUAGUUCUGUGCGCAUUGUAUCUAAGGAAUUUCUCGUAAAAUUGAGUUUAAUCAAUCUGAUAUGUUGGACAAAUCAUCAGUUUGGACGUCUGUUCACAUUUUGUAGGAGAAGUGAACAGAUAUUUUAUUCAAUCUCAGCGGUUAAUAAGCAUAGAAAUUACUUUGACGUUUGGGGGCAAAGUGGUCAUAGGUGCAUAACGACUUACAAUGUUCUGUUUACUAAAGAUGAUAUACCUCAUCACAUUCUGCUCUUGAAGAGGUUCCUUUUGUGGCUUUGACCCUGGAAGAAUAUGCCAUUCGAACUAAACCCAGCCUCAUUAUGCGGAACGUUAUGUGUUUCUUACAAUGUUUUUGUAUGCAUGAGAAAAUUUAAAUUGAGACCCUAGGUUUAAGCUUAUUUCAUACAUAUACAUGCAUUAAACUGACCAGACGUCCAGCGUUACGCGGGACAGUCCCGCAUUUCAACAAAAUGUCCCGCGAAAGAUUCCGUCCCGCGAAACGUCCCGCAUUUGGCAAAAGAAACGAAAAUGUCCCGCGAUAUCAAUAUAUUUCAAUAUCAAAAUUUGAUCAUGUUGAUUUUCUUAAAUGGAUGAACCUCAAAAAUAAAACUUUCAUUUGGCAAACUGUUCAUCCAGAGAUUAAAACGUUGAGCUGGUUUCAUCGCACCGACAUUGGGCUUUUUGUUUAGAGAGUGUCAACUGGAAGCGACAGCAACAAAAUUGGAAAAUGAUUUUUAUAAAAGUCCCCUAUUGAUCCGCAGGGACCAAACGUGAGGCAGACGAAAAGUUCAUUUUUGGUCCCCUAGCUCGGUGAGGACUUGAGUUGUUUGAUGAAGUAUCGUAAAUGAAGCGCUGGGUGGUAUUACGGAAGUUGACCGGAACCUGAACCAUGGCCGAUGAAAAGAUGUAUAUUGGCGUGUUAUUUUACCUUUUCGUGGCUUUGGUGGUCAUCUGCCUUUCUAUUUUGGCCAUUCGCCCAAAAGUUUUCUAUCGGGCGCAGCUGGGGAAUGUUGGGAAGGUUGGUGGUCUUCGCGAAAAUGUUUAUCUCCAGCCGAUCCAUCCUUCAGCGAUCUUUUGGCAUAAUGGGCUGAUCCCAGGUUCGGCAUAAAGACCACAUUACCUUCCCAACUCCGGCAAGCACUUCGUACUAUAUAUUUCUCCAUUCACCAUAUGACUCGAAAGAAGAGCGGCUUGGACAUUCCCUUCACGUCUGUCAGAGAAGGACCUUUUUCGAGAACUUGAUGUGAAUGAUAUAUUCGACGUCAUCUCUUACCUGGGGAACGUAAAGUAUCCGGUCCCCUGCCAUUCGUUGAAUUCUAGCAUCAAGUACGUCUCGUCUUUCAUUAUGAGUACGAAAAGAAGUUUUUCAUUUCUUUCGCCGGAAAGAAGUUUUUCAUCAGCACCUCAAGUUACUCCUCCUGGGUGAUUGCCUGCUGCUCAGAUACGGCCUCGUCUGACGCUUCCGCAUAAAAAUGUCCAUUUUGGCCAGAUUCUUCUCCACUGUUUGGCCGGUUGCUUCGAUCCCCCGGCUUAAGGAGCAUUGCAUUCGGUAAUUUGAAGAAAAUUGUAGAAUUUGAAUCGUGCUUGCCAGGCGUAAAUGCUCUGAUUGAGGGAGUGAUUUUCGGGCGUAAACAAAAUCUAAACCAUCGAAAAAUUACUGAGUACCGAUACUCAGAAAAAAAUAAUACUGAUCAGUUUAGACUCGCUAAACUAUGGUUUAUAGGGCUCUUGCUACACAUACAUACAUGCAGAGCAUCUGUUGGGCAAACAACAUUUGUUUACAUUCGUAGCUUCUAGGCAUCAGAAGCGGAUUCAUUAUCAAUCGACUUUCUUGUAGAUGAUUU